UGCAGUAGUAUUUCAAUAAAUAUCACCACUGUAGCAUUCGAGAAGAUAUUUCAUAGAUCCCAAGAUGCAGGUGAUAUUAGGGUCGGUAUUAUCACCAGCUCUACCGCUGCUGUUACCAUGUGUUCUACUGAUACUGAUUUGUAAACUAUGGACUGUUUACAACAUACGAUCCAAAGAUCCCAACUGCAAGGCACCCUUACCUGAAGGCAGUAUGGGGAUUCCAUUCUUCGGAGAAACACUACAACUUGUAUUCCAGGGUGCUGAAUUCUAUCACACGAAAUUAAAGAAACAUGGAAGAGUGUUUAAGACACAUGUUCUGGGUAUGCCUUCCGUUAGAGUCAUAGGAGCAGAGAACAUUCGUAAAAUACUGCAAGGAGAGGGCGACAUCGUGGUGUCGCAUCAACCAGCAACCAUCCGUGGUCUUCUUGGCAACCGUUCUAUUGCCACAUCCCAGGGGCAGGCGCACACACGCCUUCGAAAACUAGCAGCUAAAGCAUUCCAUAUUAACAGCAUGUCCAAAUACAUACCGUAUAUUCAACGGUACGCCAGAGAAGCUGUACAAAACUGGAGUGAGCGAGGACAAGUCGAUGGCUGGGACGAGAUACUUAUACUGGUAUUCAGAAUGUCUGGUAAACUGAUAUGUGACUUUAAUUAUGAAGACCCAACAGAACUUCAACAUGCCGCUAAUAUAUGCCGUGAAAUCGAAGAAAAUAUGUUUACCUUGCCCAUAAACAUUCCCGGCAGUCCUUUCAAUAAGGUUAUCCGCGCACGUAAUAUCAUGUAUGCUAAAAUUGAAGCUAGUCUGCACAAAAAGAGAAACUCUAACUGUGGUCAAGAUGAAGACUGUGUCGAUGUUCUUCGAAUACUUGCACAAGAAAAAGAUGAACACGGCAAUACAAUCGACCUGAAACAGUUGAAAGAACUUGCUCUCGAACUCAUAUUAUUGGGUCACGUGAGCCCGUCAUCGGCCAUAGUGAUGAUGCUGAUCCACCUUGCCAAACACCCUGAUGUUGUCGAGAGAGUGAGAAUGGAACUUGAGCAACAUAACUUAUUGGAUGAAGAGGCUCCUCUCACAUUCGGGACAUUAUCAAUAUUGACAUAUACAUCAUGUGUCGUUAAAGAAGUACUCAGAGUAUCGCCUCCUGUUGGGGCCGGGUUUCGGAAGGUACUCAAGACAUUUGAGCUUGAGGGUAAACAGAUUCCUGCUGGAUGGAUGGUACUAUUCAGUAUACGGGAGACGCAAGCCAACGCCGAAAACUUCACAAAAAGUGUCGAAUUCGACCCAGAUCGAUUUAUGCCCGGUAGAGAAGAAAACAAGAAAGGAGACCGUUUUAACUAUGUGCCAUUUGGUGCUGGGCCACGCAGUUGUGUUGGCAAGCAAAUGGGACUGGUUAUGAUGAAAAUACUUCUAAUAGAAUUGACGAGACGCUGUCGGUGGGAAUUAGUAAAACCCGAAAAAUUGAAAAUCAAAUUUAUGCCGUCUCCACACCCGGUCAAUGGCCUUCCACUGCGGUUCAACAAAAUAGACCGCAAUGUCAACAGCGCGGACUUUGAAAAAUCGGACAUAGCUGGUGAUAUAGCGUGCUAG